CAUUAAUAGCGUCGAUGACAGUAGAGGGGGUAGAUGUAAAAUAGUAUAGUUAGGCUGUGCGGUUAGUUCAGCUCGAAGAGCGAGGUAGUUGCCGUCCAACCGUGUCAGCGAUUGAGUGAAUUGAAACGACGGUGCCGUGGCACGUGACAUAUCACACAAAAUUACGGCUUCUUAAGCUACGCAGAAUUUCUUUUCGAGCCAACCAAAAUUCGUGGCUCCUCUUCACGAAAGCUACUCGCCUGUCUCGUCACCUAUCAUGGGAACGUUUCUGCGUUUCUUCGGGUUUUUCACCGACGAUAACAGAAUCGAUGAAGCCACGGGUCUGACCGAGAAACAGAAGAAGUUGGUACAGAACACGUGGGCCGUCAUCAGAAAGGAUGAAGUGGGUUCCGGGAUUGCCGUAAUGACCGCAUUUUUUAACAAAUAUCCACAAUAUCAACAGUACUUCAAUGCCUUCAAGGAUGUUCCAUUACCCGAACUGCCAAAUAAUAAAAGGUUUCAAGCGCAUUGUGCCAGUAUAAUUACAGCCUUAAAUACUGUUAUCGAUUCGUUGCACGACCCAGGAUUAAUGGAGGCAAGCCUAAUCGGCUUGGCCGAGAGACACAAAAACCGUGGACAGAAAAAACAGGAGUUUCAGGAUCUGAAGGAAGUGAUACAGGAAGUUCUUCGCCAAGCAUUGGGAAGACAAUUUACUUCGGAAGUAGCCGAAGCGUGGAGCAAGACUUUGGAUGCUGCGUUCACGAAAAUAUAUCAAGUAUUGACCGUCUAAACUUUAAAGGAUUAAUACCGAGACGAAUUCUUAACGAAAAUGCACCGAUUGCUAGACAUUCAGCAUUCAUUACUGUACAUAAAAUUGAUGGUUUUAUAUGUUUCAUACAGUUACUACCUUUAGAAUUAGACUGCGGAUCUUUAUGCAUUUACGAGAUAUUUGGAAGUGCAAAAUUCCAUAAAAUGAUUAAAGUGUAAAAAAAUAUGUAAAAUACUCCAAGUAUAAUAUAUUUUAUAAUAUUUGUUAGGAAAAACCAUUUUCCAUCGUAAUUUUAUUUUUCUAAUGAUGUUCGUAAAAAUUUGAAUGUGCGUAAAAGUUGGCAGUCUAAUUAUUAUACUGCGUUGAAUCAAAAUUGUUGAAAAUUUCGAAAAUUUCUAUGCGAAUUGAAUAGAAAUACACAUCCUCUACUUUCGGCUAUUUAGGCGUAGCUAUACUAAUUUGACAUGGUAUAUUACGCAAAAGAAAAUACGUUAAGUUAUUGUACAUUACUUCAUAUCCAAUAUGGAAACUCUAUAACUCUUUUCUAUCUUAUUUUUUAUUCACUUUUUCCAUAAAUAUUACAACACCUUAUUUUGUAAUUUUUUAUUUCGUUUAUGAAUUAACAUUGAUCAUUACUCAUGGUGUACUUAUAAAUGACGCUCCUUUAAAUAUGUACAUUGCUUCUGCCUUGAAUUACGAAAUAAUGUUUAAUAAUCGGAUUGAACAGUAUUAAUUUGAAAAUUUAAUGUCCGUAUCACUUGAUAUAACCUUUAUUAAAUAUAAGAAAAAUUAUAACUAAUCGUCUUAUUUUUCUAUUGUAUUUUUGGCAAACGCGAUGGUGUUUAUUAACACAUAAGAUUUUCCUUCUUUUAUACUUGCCUUUUAUAAACACAAUUAGAAUCAUAUACCCAUCUGAUCAUAUUAAGAUCACAUCAAAAUAAUGAUGGAAACAUAAGAACCUAGGUAUAUGUAAAAAUGUAUUAUUAAAAAAUUACAAGUAUUGAUGGAUUUUAAGCCAGACAUUUCAGUAGACACGACAAACAGUUUAAAAGAGGACCAGAAAUAACCUUUUUUAAUGUUUCUGUAAUAACCUUCAUACUAAACUGAUCAGAUUUUGACCUUUAAAUUAUAAUAAAAUUGUAAUAUAUAUCAAAACAUCUUCCUCUAACAUAUUAAAAGAAAAAGGCUAUUCUUUAAAUAUAUGAUCAAAUUAUGAAAAAUCGAUAGGAUAAUACCUUAUUGUAAUAAUCACAGAUAUUUAUGAAAUUGUCACAGAUGUGUAGAAAAAAUUAUUUUUAAUAUUUUGUUUAAAAACAUUAGUAAUAUUUGUCUACUUACUUUGUAUAUAUUCUUGUUAAUAAAUGGUAAACGGAAUAACGCCAAAUUUUAGUACUGUAAAAAUGCGUCACAUUUUGGUUUUCUUGUUAAAGUAUAGUUAUAUGUGUAACUUACGUUAAAGUAUAGUUAUAUGUAUAACCUACGUUAAAGUAUAGUUAUAUAUGUAACUAACAGCUGGCAAGGCUUGUAAACACAACAGUUUAUAUCUGUUUCACAUAAUACGUAUACUCCAUUUUAGAAUUAUUAGUAUUAUACAGAAACAAGAAUCUAAAAAAAUGGUUCAUAAAGAUAUACAUAACAGGCCGCGUUAAUACGGAAAGAUGAAAAUUUGAUUUGCGCAAUUAGUUUUUAAUUCGAUUCAAAUAGCAGGUAUGGCAGAGAACACACCGGAAUGUAAUUACGAGGACGGAAAUUUAUCCGUCAAAUUUCCCAAACAACAUUAAGAGUAUAUUCUGACCUGGAACUUCCAAAAAACGCAAUCUUUCGUUUUUUGAGUGUUCUUAAAAUAUUUUCUUCAUUUGUUUUGGAUUCGUAAAAUUCUAGUCACAAGUACGUAAGGAACUUGACGACAUGUAAAUAAUCGCACCAUAGCCGCAGAUACGGUGUGGAGAUCAAGAGAGGUCGGCUUAUGGUAAGAUCGCAUGUCCGUACCUUUCACGUUCCAAGAAGUUCUUAUUAACAUGGGUCUUUGGCGGUGACUCACGGCAUAGUAGUAAGAUUCCCGUAUUUACGGAGGAUCUACCACGAACGAGUAGAAGUAACAGAAGCCAUUCCAGAGAAUGAGCGAAAUAUGAGAAAUGAUACGCCAAUGCAUUAAAGUUCGUCACCCGUUUCGUGCUAUCUCAGUCACUCUCUUGAUCAGGUGAUACGGUCAGCCAGCAUGCAUGCACGGUGUGUGUAUCACUGAUUCGGCAACACAUGCCAGAAUCGAAAAUUUCCUUCCAUUUUGACCAUUUAAAGCCGCAUUGCUUACACGGGUUCCCAGACUCUCUUGAUCUGUACACGAUACAUUCUUCCUCCUCGCUUGACAUUUAAUAGCAAAACGUGCUGAUUUAGGAGCAAGGGGCGAAUGGGGAUUCCGG